CUCGACCCAAAACAUCCACUGUCCAUUUCCCUCCAUAGAUGCUGCCUGACCUGCUGAGACUGUUGUGACAGGAAGAAUGCUUGGAGUCUUGCUGUGUUGCUUAUAAUGAGGAGCUACAGGAGAGUAAGCAGUUGGGCGGCUCAGUACGCCUCGGCUUUACUGGCGUACACACUGCAGAGGGGCGGGGCGAGCCUGGAGCUGGUGAAACGCCUCAAACAGCUGGAGGCUCACUUGAGCCUGGGACGCAAACUGUUCAGGUUGGGGAAUUCGGCAGAGGCACUAGAGGCUGCCAAGAGGGCCGUUCACCUGUCGGACCUGGUGCUGCGUUUCUGCAUCACCGUGGGCCACCUGAACCGGGCCAUGUACCUCGGCUGUGGACAACCUGCUGUGGGCUGCCAAGGUGGGGCCUGGUCCCGACCACUCGACCAGGGGAAGUGGAGCCAGCGCUCCUUCAGGUACUACCUCUUCGCCCUCAUCAUGAACCUCAGUCGAGACGCCUACGAGCUGAGCGUGCUGGCCGAGCGCGAGGCCCGAAGCUGCGGGAAGGCAGAUGGGGCAGAGGAGAGCGCCAAGGCAGCCGGCACGCUGGUGGGCAGGGCGCGGGCUCGGCUGCGGCUGCUGUGCCGCGUGCUGAGGGCCAACCCCCCGCUGUUGCUGGAUGUCCUGAAGAACUGCUGCGACAUCAUCAUCCCCCUGGACCGCCUGGGGCUGCUGAAGACCAGCCCGGGAGUGGUGGCCUUCUGCGGCCUCUCGUCCUCCAUCCUCUGCAUCGUCGCUAUCUCCCAACCGUGGCUCAAGCUCAAACCCUAACGGUGGGGGCAGAGGUUCUGAACUGGCUGUGCCCACCCGCGGGGCUGUGCGGUCAACAAAGCCCAGCUCUGUUUUCUGUCUCAUUCACAAAGAGUGGGAGUGUCGUCAUCACUGCGUUAGCUGGGGAGGUGGACGUUGUGGAGGCAAACGUCCCUGCAACAGUCUACAGAAUCUACUUGAACAGUUUUUGUCAGUUUACAGAGUCUGUUUAAAGUGAGCGUCAGAACUGCACCAGUCGACAAUAUACUCAGUGUCUACGAAUUGCAGCAAAGGCUCUGUUCAAACUAUCUCCAGCUGUACCAGUGCCUGAAACUGUGACAAACUCCCCUUUAAGCACUACCUUAUUAUCGCUGGCAGUGAGUGGAGGACUGUUACACCAUGAAGACUCUCUCUGUGAAGCUAAUUUCCUUUCUUUGGUGCGCGCAGUGGGUGAUGUGCUGUUCCCCGUGGACGGUUCCCUCUUGCUUCAUUCUGUUCCCCUGCUACAACUGUGCCAGCGUGAGGAGGUUCCCACUUCCCCAUCCCAGCAGCCCUCCAGAACCCAAGCCUGUCCCCCAUCACCUCUGCACCACACCUCUGGCACUGGAGGAUCCUUGACAUCUCGCUGUGGAUCUCAGAGAGCAGUUAUACUGUCGGUUGCUUUCCCGCUGUUGAAAGGAAGCUAACAAGCUCUGACUGGAGUGGGGAGUUUCAAAAGAGUCACGGUCACCCUGUUAGAAAUAGCAUUUCCAAAGGAUCUAUACUCUAAGCCGGCUGUGAUAGCUGUGGCAGUCGAAUAGCUCAGUAGCUUCCAGCACCAGAGCAGCUGUUUUAUCAGUGGCAGCUUGGAGAGAGGGGUUGAUCUAGAAGAAAUUCAGAAGUUCUGUUGCCUGCCUUUGAAUGGUGACCAGCACCAGUAACCCGGCCGUGGACCAGACACGCUAACCCAGUCUUACAGCACGGUUAGAAUGAAAUUUGUGGACCUUGAUCUUUCCCACCCUUCUCUCACCCCCUUUCCCAUCUCCCUCCAAACCCAAAGCCUCUCGACUUUCCUCCUCCUCUGCUCUCUCACCCUCCUCCUCGGAACUUUUCCUGGAGCAUUUUUGUGCCAAGACAGACUGUGUUUUAGUUACAUAUUGGGUAUCAUUUCUUUCACUGCCCACAGUCAUCCCUGUAAUGCAUUUCCCCAGCCAACCUGCCCUUUUAGAUUUUAAGGUUUUUACUUGAACUUAAUGUAAACUUCUAUCAAAUUGUCACAAUCCCUUCACAAUAAGGUUAUUACUUAACCUUUUAUUGCACAGCAGAAACCUGUUACCUGGUCAGUUCCUCGUAAUACUGAUUUAAAAACCCAUUUAAAAUAUGUUCCAGAAAUCCUCAUUAAAUUGCAGAUACUAAUUUGAUUUGCUCAGUCUGUGGAAAUUGAAUUGGUAUGACGGUUGGCAGAGACAUUGUGGGCUGAAGGGCCUUUUCUUGUGCUGUACUGUUUGCUGAAGUUUUCCAUGUUGGCAUAUUAUCCUGUUACACAUCCCUCUAAUCUCCUUUACCCAGUGCUUUACCACAACUUCAAAAGCCUGCAAACAACUCCCAUCCACGUGCUGGUGUUUUAGCUCCAUUGAAACAUUCUAAUUCUACAUCCACCCAGACAACGACAGUACUGGUGGCAUUCUCUACUAAUGGCACAACCUCACCUUUUCACCUCUGCCUGCCCUUCCUAAAUGUCAGCCACACUGGGAUGUUUAGCUCCCUGUUUUGGUCAACCAGCAGCCUUGUUUCUGAAACUGGUCAUACCCAUUUCUGGUUGUUCAUUCACCCACCCAGUGUGCAAGUAGAUAUCCUGCCUCUGCAUCAGGCCCUUUAUAGCUCUCUACUCUGACCCGAUUUGCUGCUUUUGUUUCCAGCCCAUUCCAGCUUUCUCUGUCCUUUCUCAGAUCCCUAUUCCUCACCCAACUCUCCCCAAAAGCACCGACAUCCUUUGGUCUGGGUCCUAUGGAAGUGUAACCCAACCCACAUGUCCCACCUGGUUCAGGAAGUGUCUCAAAGUCUCAAAUCUAAAACCACCCUCCUGUACCCUCUCUCCAGCUGUAGAUUCAUUUGUUUUAUCUUCUGUGGCACUGGAGUAAUCCUGAGACUUUUGGGGGUCUGUGUUUCUUAAACUUAACCAGCUCCCUAAAAUCAGCCUCGUCCUCUGUACGGAGACACAAGAGACUGUGGGAAACUGCUUCAGCAUGUCCACUGCCUUGAGAUUUAAGAAAAAAUUCUUAUAAACAAAUCUUUUGUGUUUUCUCCCAAAGUCCUCAUGAAUGUGUACUGUUCUUGUCUGCUUCAAGGAGGACACAGGAGGCUGCAGAUGCUGGAGUCUGGAGCCAACACACAAUCUGCUGGAGGAACUCAGCGGUCGGGCAGCAUCUGUGGGAGAAAAGGAAUUGUCAGCGUCUUGGGUUGAAACCCUGCAUCAGGACAAUUCCUUUACGCCCCCCCCCCCAGAGGCUGCUGCACCCACAGUUCCUCCAGAAGAUUUGUUACUACAACUGUAGGCUAACCGAGGGACUGCAUAAAAUUACUGGCCAGCUGUAGUACUAUUUACCUCUGGAUGCUUAGUCUUCUACCCGAUUAGUGUCCCCAGCCCUAGUGCUCACUACCCACGUCAGACCGUCACGGUUAGAGUCCACAUCUGACCCAUCUAGAACCUAGGAUUUAAUCAUUCUUCACUUAAGCAGAGAGGAGGAUUCUGGGGAGAACUGUGGGCAGACUGUUUGAACUUGGGAAACAAGACAGACAAAAUCAGUGGCGACAUCCAGUCCCACCUCUUCACCACAAGAUUCUGUAUAUUAUUGAAACUUGGAACAAACUGUAGCCGAUACCAGCUUGCUAUGUAUGCAGCACAGCUUUGCUUUUGAGAAUAAAAUCUUUGACUACAGUACUGAGAACCUGAUGGGUCCUAUUUUUUUGUAAUAAACUCAGCUCUAAUUUCCCCACCUAUCCCCCCUCAAGUCAGAGAGUGUCCCACAAA